GUCUCAGUAGGUGAGCUUAGGCGUUAACGUGCCAGGUUUGUCACACGGUAACACACCGAAAAAAACAAAAAAAGAAACGUGUUAUCCGCUGCACGGAAGACCGCGAGCGUUUUUGUCCAAAUUGUCGACAGUAAACAGGCUAACGUUAGCUCCCUUAGCUUUAGCCACGAGCUAAGUCAGCUACAUGUGUGGAGAAAUAAGUGAUUCAUUUAGCUGUACGGCGCUCGCAAGAUAAGAGCAAAAAAUAAUAAUAAUUUAAAAAAAAAGAAGGUUGUGUUGGCUGCAGUCAGGUGACGUGACGUUGAGAGGUAUAAAUAUGGAUAGACCGUGUUAUUUUAAAAUAAAGCAGCAGCAGCAGCGUUCACGGUUUGAUGUCUGUUUGUAGCCGCAGUUAGCUGCAGUUAGCGACACAUCUCCGAGGCUAAUAUAACGAUGUGUGGGGAAACAUAACAGGCUGUAACGUCAACUGUGUGUGUGUGUGUGCGCGGUCCUCCUCGCCAAGGAAGGAGAGGCACCAGGGACCAUGAGUGAGAAUGGCCCUCAUACAGAGGCGCCCAUGUACUUUGAGGUGGAGGUGGAUCACCUGGAGCGGGAGGACGAAGAGGAAGAAGACAAGAUCCACUACGACAAAGACGAUGACCUGAUCCCAGAGCCUUCGUCGUCCUCCGGUCGGGUGUAUGACCGCACCACAGUGCUUAUCGAGCGGGACCCCAUCCGGCUGGAUGAGGAGGGCGAAGAGGAGGGUCACUGCGGAGGGGACGAAGAUGGGGUCACCUUCCUGACCGAAGGGGAAGGUGAUGGAGAUGAGGAGGAUGGCUCUCUCACCUUUAUGACUGACCCCGAUGGCAUGUCGCAGGGUUAUGUGCACCAUACCAUUUCUCCAGACCAGAUCCAGUUCACAAUAAAUCCGGGCUCCACACCCAUGCCACGCAACAUAGAGGGGGCCACGCUCACCCUGCACUCUGAGUGCCCGGAGACCAAGCAGAGAGAGGUGAAGCGCUACCAGUGCAUGUUCGAAGGCUGCACAAGGACGUACAGCACGGCGGGAAACCUGCGGACACACCAGAAGACACACCGGGGCGAGUACACGUUCGUGUGCAAUCAACAGGGCUGUGGAAAGGCUUUCCUCACCUCGUACAGCCUCAAGAUCCAUGUCCGUGUUCACACCAAGGAGAAGCCGUUUGAAUGUGAUGUGCAAGGCUGUGAGAAGGCUUUCAACACGUUAUACAGGCUAAAAGCACACCAGAGACUUCACACAGGCAAGACAUUCAACUGUGAAUCGGAGGGAUGCACAAAGUACUUUACCACACUCAGCGACCUGAGGAAGCACAUUCGCACACACACUGGGGAGAAGCCAUUCCGGUGUGACCAUGAUGGCUGCGGCAAAGCCUUUGCUGCAAGUCAUCACCUAAAAACACACGUACGGACACACACAGGGGAGAAGCCAUUCAACUGUCCGAGUGACGGCUGUGAGAAGACUUUUAGCAGCCAGUACAGUCUGAAGAGUCACAUUCGGGGCCACGAUAAAGGACAGCCCUUCAGCGUCACCCUCACUCAUCCGCUCUCUGAAGAUGCAAAUCACUCGCUGUGCCUCAGUGACUUGAGCCUCAUCUCUACAGACUCAGAGCUGCGAGAAAACAUCCAUAACGCUCAGAAUUUGGACCUCAGCAAUGUGACACCUGUGAAAAUCUUUGAGCUCAUGUUCCAGAGUCCUGAAAAUAGCGUCAGCCAGGAUGAUGCCCAUCCCAACGAGAGCCUUGCUGAAUUCAGCCUAGAAACCUCUAACCAACCAGUAGUGACGGAUGGCUCGUCUCUCAUCUCUUUCACUCUUAAUCCUACCUCCUCAUCCUGCUGUUCUCACACAACACACGCAGUCAUGGAGGCUCCUUCCCAGCUCAGUCAGAACUCUUCCUCUCAGACCUCCACCCCUGCCUCUGUCACCGCUACUGUCAGCUCCAAACAGCCUCCCCCUUUCAUGCAAUUAACUGGGCCUCAGCAGAUCACCGAUGUACCUGCCCAGGCUUCUGUCCAAACGGCAAACCAUGUCACCCCCCAGCAUUACGUGGCACUGCCUCCCACAUUCCUGCAGCCCGAUAGUGCCACCCAGACCACUUCUCUACCACCACCCAUCUCCGCUGCUCCUCCAGUGGCUCCAGCACUGACCACCACAGCACCAGGCACUGCUGCUGUAUCUGUUGUCGCAGCCACCACAACGGAUGCUCUGGCAGCUGUGGCUCAACCUGUGCCUUUGGCCAAUACCCCUGCCCCCAACUCUGGCCCCGGUUUGCCUACCACGCCUGCCACAAUCACCAUAGCUCCCACCCAGAACCUGCUGCAGCCCAGCCUGGUCAUGUCCGACCAGAAUCUGCAGUGGAUCCUCAGCAGCGCUGCAAACAGUCAGCAGAAUCCAGAGCAAGCAACACAUCAAGGAGCUCCAAAAGUGGAAAAGGUUUUCUUCACUACAGCCAUACCAGUGGGAGGAAAUGCUGGUAACUCGGUCCAGCAGAUCGGCCUCAGCCUGCCCGUCAUCAUCAUCAAACAGGAGGAGUCCUGCCAGUGCCAGUGUGCCUGCAGGGACUCUGCUAAAGACAAGAGUUCAAAGAGUGCCGCCUCCGUCGUUUCAGCCCCGGCACAGCCGCAACCAUCAGAUCCCCCUCCUCCCCCACCACCACAGCCCCCAGAGCCUUCACACCCUCCAGCCACCUCAUCUUCCUCAUGCUGCCUCCCCCAGUCUUCCUCCAAGGUGAGUGAGGUGAGGCUGGAGGCUGCCUCUUCUUCUUCUUCUUCUUCGUCCUCCUCAGCUCAGACUUUCUCCACGAUAGUGAGCAGCACUGCCACCAACCCUCCUUCAUCUGACGGGUUAGCCAACAUGGAUGUCUCGGACUUCCUCUCCCUGCAGAGCCCUGAGACAGCUGCCAACAUCGAGGCUCUGCUGCUGGUCGCUGAUGACUUCAACAUGGCCACUGAUGGCAAUCCUUAGAAGUGCUGCCUUCGGAGUCUGGCGUUUGUGUUUGUGUGUUGCACCCACUCAUCCACAGGCAUCAAUACCACCCACAUCUCAAGUCAUUCUCCACAGUGACGCCUCUUCUUUCUCCCUAUAUAGUGUGUGCAUUGAACCCCCUGUACCUGCAGUGCAUUCUGUUCUGUGUGGCAUUGCGCAACAUAUAUACACAAACUAUGAAUAGUUUUUCUGUUGAGUCUCAUUGCAGUAGUUGAGUUUUUAAAAACAGGAUUAGUUUGCUUUUUGAGAUUUAGCAACGUCAAUGCUAUUUAAUGCAGGGAAAAGGCUGUCGAUCCUUUUUUUUUUUUUUUUUUGUUAUAAUCAAACUGUAUAUAAUGACGCUCAAUAUCCAGUCUGAAUUAAUCGAAUGAAACAAAAUGAGUGUUGUCCAAGCACUGAUAACUUAAAGGUUCCAUUUUCCUGGCUUAAAAAAGGCCACAUGCCUGAGCGGGAAAACAAAACUUGUCUGUAUAUCCUUGUACUGUACUACAGGUCCUAACAAAUGCUUAAAGCUGGUAUGCAACUGACCAGAAUGCACUGUAUAUUCGAGGAAUUUGUUAUCAUUUUAUUCAGCGUAGCUCCCAACAGGAAUCUGAAGGGGUCGGCCACAUAGCCCCCUCAUAAGGCUGUCAUACAAUAUGAAGUGAUUUCCUCAGUAUUUGUUUCCUAGCAAAGACUAGCAUAGUCCAGAAAAUGUGAUGAUUGUUUUUUUUUCUACUUCUUUUGACAGUUAUUUACUAAUUGAGAAAAAAGAACCUGUGACCAGAUCUGCCUGUCUUUAAGUGAAAUUAAGUCAAAUACAUCAAUAAGUUGCCUAUAACUUAAACUAAUUUAAAAUUGUACAUGUUAAUUUAUUUUAAUGUUUGAUUCUUUCGUUAUACUGGUAAUAUUAUCUUCAAGAUAGCAGAGAAAAUCUAUUAAUUUAUUCCAGUCACUUGUAUUUUUAAGUUGAGCUGUUUUUAUGUUACUGAAUUGCUUUUUUUUUUUUUCAAAGUACGUAAUGGGUAUUGCUGAAAGCAAGUUGGAGAAAAGAGGCACCUAUAGUCGAAUGCACAGUGAAGCGAAUUAUCCUCUAGGAUCUGCUUGUUUGCAAAAAUUGUCCACAAUGAAAUAGUAAGGAACUACUGUCAACAUCCCAUGUUUUUAAUAGGGUUGUGACCCUCUCAGGGAUGCAUCAAGUCAUAACUGAUCCCGGUUCCCUUAAUUUGUUACUCCGACAUGCGUUUUUUUUUUUUCUUCCUCUCACUCGAUGCCCCCCCCCACUCUUGCAGUAGCCCUACGUUUUGCUGCACUCUUCCCUGUUUAUUGCACACUAACUCGUAAAGUCGGUAAUCUGACAGCUUGUUAGCCGAGGUGCAGCACCACUACAGAAUUUUGUAUACAACUGCUGUAAAGUAGCAUUUAAAAAAAAAAAAAAAAAAAAGAUGGUGUCCUGGUGACAGUGUAAAUACAGUACAUUUUAGUGUAAACAUCUUUGAGAAAACUUGUAGAUUAUUCUAGAAUUUGUAUUUUUGUAUAGACUUUUGAAUUACUAACUCUCAGAGUUUGGAGCUAAUGUAUCCUUGCAUUCCCCGCACCGCCCUCCCCUCCCCAGUCACAUUUAUGCAGAGGAGUUUUUGCUGUGGUUUAGUUGAAUAGUUCUACUAGCAGCUGGGCGUUUGUACAGUCCCCAUAGUAACAAUAUAUAUGUAACACAUAGCCUCUCCUCAGAGUAUAAUUUAACAGUGUUGUUUCACACGGGACACAAUGCAAUGAUGACAGAGCGAAGGCAUUAUGCCCUGUUUAUUAGAGUGUAGAGCUACUUGGCCUUACAAACAGAACUGUUCUAUGAGCCUCCUUGCCUUGACAGUCUCUGCUUCAGACUGACAUGCCAACACACUCAUCGUCACUGAGUCUCAGGCAAUCACUUCCAGCAGCAGAUCACAAAUGAGGCAAAAGCAUCGAGGACAGAAAAAGCUUAUGGUUUUCCUAGAACCCGUAUCGUGUUUUUCCAGCUGUCUGUUUGGGAAGUCAUUAAUGGAUAUGCAGCGUUGUUUAAAAAAAACAUAACAGAUGCAGGUGAUUCUAUAUUUUAGGUCCAGGUAGACGGAUCCAAACUUUUUUUGCCAUAAUUUAGGAGUGAAGCUUUUCUUCGAUUCAAGAAGGCAGUCCGGCGUGUAGUGAAAGGCUCCAUUCACACAUGUUGUCCUCUAAACCAUUCCACAUAUGCAGGAGUAGAGCUCAGGAGUGUCUCCACUCAGCUCCAUUGGAUUGCAAAAUAAUAUAGAGUAAAAUUACUGCCAGGAGUCAAACUCAUAUCGUCGAUAUAUAUUCUCAUACAUGCAUACUGUCAUUGAACACAACUAUGCAAUUUUAAGUGUGGCAUUUACAAGUUUAAAUCUAAAAAUGUUUCCUCCAACCAUUGAAUGAUUUUCUGCUACAGCCUAACAUGCAGGACUCCAGAGGCAACAGUUGCCUUUCGAAAUGCAGACACAUUAAAGCAUGCUCUUUGAACUCCAGUAUAUUGCAUUUCAUAUUCCACAUUUGGAGUGGUGUGUGAAUCUGGACUUUGUUAGUGUGUCCAUCCCAAGUACUGUUCCCAUGAAUUUUUUGCACCACAGCUUUUUCCUUUUACAUGUCGUUUAAAAAAAAACAACUGAACUUGUUCGAAGGAGUACUUAGUAAAUGAAUGAUUCUGUUUUAAGAAUUAUUUUUUUUGGUCAAAUGUGUGCAGCUUCUCUUUUUUUACUUUAUGCGUAAACAUGUUUCAUUUGGGCUCACUCCAUGUUAUGUAAUCAUCUCAGCCUUUCACAUGGAUUUAAAAUUCGACACAGAUAAUCUGUUGGCUCAUCUUCACCAAUAAAAGUCAAACUUACAGCUGAUUAUGUUUUAAAAUCAAUAAGCAGAGAACUUUUUUUUUUUUUUGCUUGUGGCCCAGGUUUGUCUUUCCUGAAGUUUACCAGAAAUGGUAACAUCAGCAAAUAGUCGAUGGUGACAUUUGUUUGGAAGCACAUUGUUUGAUCACAAAUGUAAAAACCAGAGUGUUUUUUGGAAAUGGAGAAUUUCAGCCAUCGUCAACAUUUUUCCAAAUGGGCAAUAUUUAAAAAAAAAAAAA